AUGCACUGGCUGGAUGUUCGUUUCAGUGCUAGCUUUGUUAAGCUCGAUCUGUCAGGCUACGUGAAAGCGAUGGUGAAUGACAUCCGUGUAUAUUUGCAAACCAGUUUGCUAGUCCGUGAUGAGCGACCUCAGAUCGAAGUCACUGACUGCUCGAUGGAUGUGGAUUACAUUGAAGUGAACGUCAGUGGCGGUAUCAUCCCCUGGAUUGUUAAUCUGUUCCGAAAGCAUCUAGCUGCUAUUGUCAAAAGAUAUGUAACACCUUCCACGAAAGAAGAGCGAGAAAGUGAUUGGAAGAAGGAAAACGGAAGGAACGGGUGGGAGGAACAGGAGGAAAAAGCUUAA